AAAAAGAGUACCACCUUUCCCCGAAGUCUUGUCCCUCCCUCCACCCCAAACACUCCAUCUUCACUUAUUCUUAGUUCUCUCUGUUUUCUUCUUGAGUAGCUCUGAAAAUUUUACAAAAAAAAUUAAAAACAAGGAAGAAGAAACAAAUUAAAGAGAUAAUGGGUAGAGCACCAUGUUGUGCUAAAGAGGGGUUGCGCAAAGGGCCAUGGUCCUCUAAAGAAGAUUUGUUACUUACUAAUUAUAUCAACCAACAUGGUGAAGGCCAAUGGAGAUCUUUGCCUAAAAAUGCUGGGUUGCUUAGGUGUGGAAAAAGUUGCAGGUUAAGAUGGAUGAACUAUUUAAGACCAGGGAUUAAAAGAGGAAAUUUCAGUGAAGAUGAAGAUGAUCUUAUAGUGAGAUUACAUUCACUUUUGGGUAAUCGUUGGUCACUAAUUGCUGGAAGAUUACCUGGUCGUACAGAUAAUGAAAUCAAGAAUUAUUGGAACACGCAUUUAAUCAAGAAGCUCAAAAGUGCUGGAAUUGAACCGAAAAAACCCCACAAAAAGUUAUCCAAAAAACAAUCAAGAAAACAACCCCAAAAAGAGAAGUCAAGAAAAAAGGAGGGGAAGAAGAGUAAUAACAACAACUUAAAGGGUCAAAUUGUACAAGUUGAGAAGACCAAAGUUUUUGCACCAAAGCCCAUAAAGAUUUCUUGUGGGAUUUCAAGGAACAAUAGUUGUGAAAAUGUUACAUUGAGUAGUACCACUUGUUCCUCAAAUAGUAAUUUUGAAGAAGUUGAUCUUGGAAACAAGAAGGAAAAUGGGAUUAUGAGUCAUGAAAAUGAGGUGAAUAUUUUUCUAAAGGACUUUGGUUUUGGUGAAUUACUUGAAGGGGAUGGAUUUUGUGAUGAAUUUCUUAUGGAAGAAAGUUGCAAAUUUUCAAACAAAUGCUCAGUGGAAAUGAAUGAUAAUAUGUUGGAGAAAGUCUACGAAGAAUAUCUUCUACUUCUUUCUGAAAAUUGUUAUAAUCAAGAAGAUCAAAAGGAGCAAAAUUGUUAAUUUAGUUUUAGUCAGAUGCAUGUUAGUUUUUUUUUUUUUUAACUGAAGUCUACUAAUCCGACUAAUUUAAGUUUACUGCUUCUAAGAAUGUAUAUUAAUUUAGUUUCUACUAACGAUUAUCUAGUUUUGGCUCAAUUUGUCGUGGGUACAAUGUACCAAAAUUAAAUGAAAUCAGUAGCAUGUGACUUUGCCUCAAUUAUUUAUUCCUUUUGAAUCUUGAUCAGUCUGUCUUCUUU